GAUGAACCGUCAGCACAUCCACCUGGCGCCCGGUCUGCCCGGCCAGAACGGCGUCAUCAGCGGCAUGAGGACCUCGUGCCAAGUGCACGUGCAUGUCGACGUCGAUCAGGCGAUCGCAGAUGGCAUAGAGUUCUUCAAGUCAUCAAAUGGUGUGAUUCUUACAGCUGGAGACCCAGCUGGAUUUCUGCGACCAAAAUAUUUCACCAAGAUUGUUGAUGCCAGAACAGGCCGCCAUGUCCGCUAGCUGGUGUCGCUUCUGCGACGUAAGGCACACGUCCGACGGCGCGGCGCGGGAGCACCUGCUGGGCAAGAGCCACCAGAGGAAGGUGGCCGAGCUGCCGCCGGCGACCGGCGACGCGGCGCCGCGCUGCGUCGCCCUCAAGGGUCCGUCGUCGUUUUACGGUGCCAAUCCAUCGCCGAUGGAGAUCUUCCAGAGGCUGGAGACGUCGGGGAAGAUAGUGGAUUUUAGGUUCCGGACGCGGCCAGAUAAGACGCUGGUUCGCGGCUCAACGAUUCACGUCGAGUUUGAAACCACGUGCGAGGCGGAGACGUUGCUAUCCAGCGGGACCCUCAUCGCUGGCCACCAGAUGGAGCUGUCGCGCCCGCGUGCCAACGGCAGAUCCGGACAUCAUCUGCGCCAGGAUGCGUCCGAGGCCGUCCAGCACGAGGCGCUGCUGUCGUGGCUGUGGCGGCAGCGAAGCCGCUGCGCCGACGAGCUGAUGGUAUGGCUGGCGGGCCAGCUGCUGCUCACGCCGGCGGAGCACGACCAGCGGGUCCGGUUCUGCCUGGAGCUGCAGGCGGAGCUGCGCGCGCGCUUCCGCACGUGUCUGGUGCAGGCGUUCGGCUCUUCCGUGAGCGGGCUGGGCUUCCACGGCUGCGACCUGGACUUGUACGCGUACAUCGACGCCAACGCGCCGGACGCGGGGCUGCCGACCGACGCCGACGAGGCGGACCGGGCGCGCGCCGUCGCCGCGGUGCUGCAGGGCAUGCGCCGGCCCGACCUCUGCAGCCGACUGGUGCGCAUUCUGCAGGCGCGCGUGCCCAUCAUCAAGUUCUGCGCCAGGCGGCUGGGUGGCGUGCGCUGCGACAUGAGCUUCAGGAGUCCGAUGUCGUGCCAGAACUCGCGCCUCGUCGGCUGGUUCAUGAAGGCAGACCAACGGGCUCGCCUGGUGGCCGUGACACUGCGAUACUGGGCUAACCGCCACCACGUGGCCGGCGGUGACCACAACCCACGCAAGAUGUCCAGCUACUGUCUCACCUUGCUGGUCAUCACGUUCCUGCAGCAGCUGGACCCACCUUUGCUGCCAUCUGUUGCAUGGCUACAGGCGCAGGUUCCCGAGGUGCUGAUAGGCCCGUGGAACGCCGCCUUCGCCCUGGGCGCCCCCUGGCGGUCGGCCAACCAAAGCACAGCCAGUGGCUUGCUCCGCCACUUCUUCCGUUACGGCGCAGAUCUCCAGAGUGAGCGGCUGGCUGUGUGUCCGCUGGUAGGCCGCGCCGUGCCGCGCGAGCAGCUCGCCGACCGCCAGCACUGCUACCUGCCGGAGCUGCGCAGGUACUUUGGCUUGGUGGCGGACCACCAGGUGGCACCGCUGGACGCCGGCACGCCGCUGGUGGUACAGGACCCGUUCGAGCUCGACUUCAACGUGGCGCGCAACUACUCUCAGGAGGGGCUGGACCGAUUCCGUGAGUGCUGCGCACGGGCGGUGACCAUGCCGUUUCACGAGCUGUUCGAAGAGGAGCCGCUGAUGAAGACGCGCGGGAAGAAAGCACCACCGGCGGGUGCGGGGCGGACGGACGGCGGCGCUGAGGCCGUGUCCCGCAAGCGCGAGCGCCUGGUGAGCGGUGACGCGAGCGCCGGGGAGGCCGGCACUAAGGUGCCCCGCUCUGCCGAGUUUCCGGAGACCGCCCGGCGGGGACGGUCGGUGGAGAGCACCGCGGAACGGGGGACGCUCGAGUUGGGCCGCGGUGAUGUGGACGCCGCGCACGAGGAGUCUAGCAGCGCUGAGCGUGUCUCGGGGCUCGCCAAAGGUGACGGCGCGCAGCUCUCGCAGAGGGGAGACAGUGACGCGAAAGGUGUGAUGUGGAACAGUGUUGGUGACGAGAAAUCACCUUCGGGAGUCGAUGGCACCCAAGUGGACGAGGCGAUGGCGGCGCGUGUAGGAAGGAGCCGGGAGCGUCGCGUUACGAACGGGCGGUAGUGGGCGUGCGGCCGCCUCCACGAGUG